UCCAUGGUGUGGCGUUAGGUGGCGGCUCGACGACACCCGUGGAAGCAUUUCUCCGAUUACAUAUGUGCCACUGCAAGUGCAUUUAUCCUAUCUAAAAUUCCUCAGAUUCUUCUCCCUCUUUGUUUCCCAACAAAAUAUACCCAGAGAAAUCCCCCAAGUUUUUCAGUUACAAUUAAACAAUCAGUUAUCAGAUUACAAUAUAUCAAAUGUAAUCUGAUUUCAUAAAAUGUACAACUCCAUGCGAAUUAAGUCCCACCACCAACACCAGCAGCAGCGCCGCCGUGAACCUCCGGUGCACAGCCGCCGGUCAUGGUGUUGCUCCUUCACCACUCCACCAUUUACUACGGACAACCCUGACACCGUUACCCUCUCCCGUUCUCAGUCUCUUCGAUCAUACUCGUCUUCGUGUAAGAAGACGGAGAUACCAUUAUCCAACAAGUCCACUCCCAGCUCCCCUCAGGCCCAGAAGUUGCCCCUUGCCCGCCGUAUCCUCUCUCCGGGUCGGGUCUCUCCCAUAUCGGACAAACCGCAUUUAGAAACCCCCCUGAAAAAGACCCAAGCAACUCCUAAUUCUCCCAAACUGCCCCUACCCAGUGGUUCACGCAGUCCUGUAAAAAUUGACUCAAAAGAUGAUGGGCAUUCAAGGAUUUUCGAUGUGAGGUUGAAUCUGAAGGGGAAGAAUGGGGGAUCCUUGAUUCUGGAGCUCAGCUCGGAAGUUCUGAUUGAGAAUAGCGUGGUUUUUGGGGAUUUGAUUACUGAAUGUGGAAAGAAUCUGAGCGGACUAUGUAGGAUUGAGGUAGCUGAUGUGGAAAACUUGAAUGUUUUUCGUAAAACAAUUGAGUUCAUGUUUGAUGAGGAUAUUGAAAAGAAGCUCCUCAAGAUUGGGGUUUUUGGCGCUAUUGGUAUACUUGAGGUAUCAGAAGGUAUCAAGUUUGGAAGGGGUGUUUCUUCAUGUUUGAAAUACCUUGCGGCAGUGCCUUGGACCGAGGAAGAAGAGGAGAAGCUGAGAAUUUUGUUUUCCAAAAUUAAGUUGGAUGAUGGUACUGGGACAGACAUCUUAGCUAGACUCUUUAGACUUGGUUCCGUUGAUUCCCAACAAACUUUAGCUAAACAACUUGUUUGGUCGAUAACCACCUGUGUUGAUGCCAAUGCUAGAAGUGAGCUGAAGUCUGGUGUCAAAGGUCUACUUUGCAAAAGCUCAGUCUAUGAGCAGGAUUUCUCUGAUCUGAAUAAAGAUGACAUAUUUGCUGUUUGUGAGUCAUGUCUGGGUUCACUGGUUAGUCUGUUUGAGGAGGCGGCCUCUGGCACUGAUCCAUGCGAAAGGCCGACAAAAAGUAAGAAAGAUAAGCCUUUGUUAGAGCGCAUCUCAAAGCAGGUCGACAACAUAAAUUGGCUACUCGACAUCUUGCUUGAUCGCCAAAUGGCUGAGGAAUUCGUGGAUAUGUGGGCAGCUCAAGCAAAGCUGCUUAAGAUUCAUGAAAACGUGUCUCCAAUGAUUAGGUAUGAGCUUAGCCGUGUCUCUGCAAUGUUGUUUAUUGCGAUGGGCACCCGGAAAUUGCAUUGUCGGUCAGAAGCAAGAUUAGGUGUUCUGCGGGUAUGGUUUAGACCAAUGCUAUUAGACUUUGGCUGGUUACAGAGGUGCAGAAAGGGGUUAGACAUUAAGGCACUGGAAGAGGCGAUGGGUCAAGCACUUCUUACUCUCCCGUUGAGCGAACAGUAUACACUAUUUAUGGAUUGGUUUCUGUGUUUCUCCAAGAAUGGUACCGAAUGCCCCAAUCUCAGUAAGGCAUUCCAAAUCUGGUGGCGCAGAUCAUUCCUCAGGAACUCCAAAACUUUUUCUAUUGAAUCUCGGUGAAUUGGUGCCACCAAUGUUUCUGAUGCAGGUUUAUCGCUUAUUGUUUUGUGUUGAUCUGAGGGAAAUGUACGGAUGUGAAUAAUGUUGAUUGACUCUACAAUGUCUAACAUUUCUUCCUAGUAUUGGUGACCAUGACAAGCACAAUUUUAUC